AGUCUACUCGAUCGUUAUCAAACUCGCGUGCACGGACACACAGUCGCAUGCUCCCACGCCCUAUCGUACAGUUACGGCGCAUUGUACUACACUGCAAUUGGACAAGAAAUGGAUCACAUAAUACUCGAUGAACGCUCCGGUUUCAACGGAGCCGAUAUUCUGCUUCGAACACUGCCAGAAAGGCCGCAAAAUCUACGCCUUGCAAAUUCCAGGAGAGUGUCCUCUGUGCGGUGUGCUACUGGCAAGCUCUGAGCUUAUCCUCCCUCCUUUCCGCGUGCCUUCCCCCUUCUCACGUUCACCCCACAGCUUAGUGAUCCGGCCGACGAUAGGGUCGUUCCUCAGGGAUUACAAGAACGCAAGGGAUCUUCACAUAGGAAUAACGAAUUCAAAAGGUUUGGUGCACGACUACAAUGAGAAAGGCGUAAAUUUUGGUUCAUCUAGCUGGGAGCAGUGCGUGUCUGUGCCUCUCCAGUGCAGAAACGCCCGGCGGUGGGAUGCAGAACUUCGCAAUUUUUCGGCGCAUGGCGAUUGGUUCCCUCAAAACUACUCGGAGAGUGACCACAACUGCUUGGACUUCGUCGUCGGAUUUCUACGCCACGCUGAAGCGACCGUGCGCGUCUCGGCUCCGCUCUGCAAGGAGCAACUCUGCGCCGAGUUGAUUCUGCCCAGGAUGACCCAAGCCGCCAAGUACGUCACGCUGUACAGACGAGUGAGUGCAGAGACUGCGUACGUCAGCGCCUCCUAGCACCUUCACUACGUCACGCUGUACAGACGAGUGCAGAGACUGCGUACGUCAGCGCCUCCUAGCACCUUCACUACGUCACGCUGUACAGACGAGUGAGUGCAGAGACUGCGUACGUCAGCGCCUCCUAGCACCUUCACUACGUCAUGCUGUACAGACGAGUGAGUGCAGAGACCGCGUACGUCAGUGCCUCAUAGUGUCUUCACUACGUACGUCACGCUGGCGGGACUUCUUUUCCAGCGGUUAUUGCGUAACCCUACGCGCGAGGUGACGAUUGCAAGCUAACAUCGUGAAAAUGAUCUAGGACAUCGCGUCUGUCUCUAGUACUCUCUACUAAAUAAUAUAACUGCAUGCACCGCAGUGGAUGUCUGUGUGAUGCUUAGUGCAUUGCACACUGUGCAAGGGCUGUCCACGUGAAGCUUAGAAUAUAAUAUUACACACUGUCUCACUUGUCUAUUUCAAGGUGAGAGCACACACAUAGUGUGCAGGAACAGUCCACGUCGUUAUGAUACAUUGCAUAGAGUACAGGGCUGUCCACGUGAAGCUUAGUGCAUUACGCACUGUACAGGGGCUGUCCACAGCAAACUAAUACUACAUAACACCGUGUAGCAGGGGCUGUCCACUACCGAGUUUAGACAGCGACUACUGCAGAAGCAGCAGCUGCAUUAGCAGUAGCAGUAGUAAUGGCAUCAGUAUUAAUGUAACAUUGUACGUUUGCGCCACAGGAUAGUAACUGAAAUAUUGUCCCAGGGCGGUACGUGAGGUCGAAACAUGGAUUAGACGUGUUUGAAAGCAUAACACUGUGCAUAAGUUAUAUUGUUGUUGUUGUUGUUGUUGUUGUUGUUGUUGUUGUUGUUGUUGUUGUUGUUGUUGAUG